GGCGUGGAAAGUGGCGAGUGGCGGACCCCACGCCGUCCCCCACUUCGGCCAUAUGUUGACCUCAUUGAGGGGCGACCGGUGGCGGAGAGUGCGCGCAGUCUUAACGCCCACAUUCAGCGGAUCCAAACUCAAGACAAUGACACCUAUUAUAGCCGACGCCGUCAACGAUAUGAUCGGUUUCGUCGACAAGAAGGCCGACACCGGCGAUGAGUUUGAUAUAUACGGUAUGUUUCAGGCGCUGAUCAACGACGUGAUCGGACGGACGGCUUUCGGUAUACAAAGUAACGUUCAAAAUGAGGAAAAUAGCAAGUUUUUUAAGGCCUGUAAAGACAUGUUUAACGUUAAAAUCAACAGUUGGGUACUUUUGGCCAUUCAAUGCUUUCCGCGGUUGGAUCCGCUACUCUACCCGUUCAGACGUUUGGCCGCCAAAUGCAAGAUUGUCAACUGUCACUACGUGUCCAGAGUUUCCAAAGCGAUGGCAGUGCCGGCGGCGCCAGUCGUUGCCGAUGCGGUCCAAGAGUUUAGGCAAUUGUGCGCCGAUAUUAUGGCCCGACUCGAGACGUGCGGUGCGAUCGCCACCAAAAAGCGUAUGAUUUCAGACAAACUCUUGGAGUGCGAGACUAUUGUCAACACAAAUGCCAACCGAUUGGACAAACAGAAACUGGAUUUAUUGAGUAAAAUGCUGAACAAU